AUGAGGAAUUCACAGGUUGAUUUGCCUUAUCUUCCUGAUGAUUUGUGGUUGAACUGUUUAGCCCGUGUCUCGAGAUUGUGCUACCCGAUUCUCUCCUUAGUUUCCAAGAGAUUCCGCUCCCUCGUGGCAUCGCUUGAGCUUUACGAGAUCCGAACGCUCUUAGGAAACAUCGAGAAUUGUCUUUAUUUGAGCUUAGGUUUCAGUUCUGAACAAUCUGAUGCACGCUGGUUCACUUUAUGCCGGAGACCAACUCAAAACCCUAACUCUAACUUUAAGUCACGAUGGUUCGCUUCCUGCUUUAGACCACAUAGUAUCCUAACGAAUCACACUAUGGUCUCAGUUCCAAUUCACAAUCUCACUUCUUCGACUGAGUCGACUCGUAUCGCCAUUGGUUCUAAUAUACAUAUGAUUGGCGUAUUAGGAAAUGGCGCCGUCUCGUCUAGGAUCUUAUUCAUGGACUGCCGGUCUCAUACUUUACACAAAACUCCAAGCAUGCAGACGGCCCAAAAGAAUCCCGUCAUUAGGGUUCUUGAUGGGAAGAUAUAUGUAGUGGAAGGAUGCAAUGAUCCUGAUUACUCGAAAUUUAUGGAGUGUUUCGAUCCCGAAACCCAAACAUGGGAGCAUGUGCCAAGCCCUAGCGCAGAGAUACGUGGUAGGUACGUAUCAACAAGUUUAGUUUUGGACGGGAAGCUUUACCUGUUUGGGGAUAAAAAUCUGGUUUACAAGCCCAAAGAAAAUAAAUGGGAUGUGGUAGGAGUAGAGAUACCUUUGCGUUGGAAUCCCACUGAUUUUGCUGGCGCAGUAGUAGACAACGUAAUCUACUCUUAUGGAAGACGUAGUGUGGUAUGGUACGACUCAGAGAAAAGACGGUGGAGAUAUUUGAAGGGUUUGGCAAAACUACCAAAAUUACCAAAAUUACCAAAUCAAGGUCUUUUUGUUAGAUUGGUGGGUUAUAGUGGAAAGAUUGUGGUUUUGUGGGAGAAGGAUGUGCGUGGUACAGAUCCUAAGAAGAAGGUGAUUUGGUGUGCUGAGAUUGCUCUUGAAAGGCGUAAUGAACGAGAGGUCUAUGGGAAGAUUGAGUGGUGUGAUGUUGUGCUUACUGUCACCAAGUCAUGUUCUUUAUUGCAUUUUAUGACUGUUACUGUUUGAUGAAUGAAUUAAUACAUUAGUUCAUUAGUACCAUUUUCUUUCUUUCCAGUUUCAUUGAAUGAUUUUCUAUACAGUGCCAUCAAAUGUAGUUCUGUUUCUCUCUUACAAUAAAACUCUAUUUUGGGUUUGUUCCAAUUUCUUUUCUCUACUUCA